AUGUCUUCCUAUAGCAGCUCUACUGUUCAAAAUACCGAUCUAUGUCAAUGCGGCCUGCUUCCAGUUUUGAAGACAUCCUGGACUGACAAUAACCCCGGCAGGAGGUUUUGGAGCUGUCGAAUGUACUUGAGAAAUGAGCGUAAGGGCUGUGGGUAUUACCGUUGGCAUGAUCCACCAGUUGAAGGGAGAUCGAAGAACAUAAUACCGGGUUUGCUCAGGAAGAUUGAAAUGCUUGAGGAAGAGAUAAAAGAACUGAAGAGGAAAGAGCAAAAAGAUGCAAUGUGGUUGAGGGUUGUGAUUGUUGUUGUUGUUUUAAUCUUGGGACUAGCUCUGUUACGUUAA